UGUGUAACUGAUAGGGAGUGAUUUGGCCAGCAAUCUCAAGUGCAACCUUUGUGGGAGAACACAAAAAUAGUUACUGCCUCACUGGCGACGGCAGGCGCUUCCCAUGCAUCACAGAUGUCCCAAGUGUGGAACUGCUGCACCUCUCAGAAGCCCCAUGAGCCAGAAGACAUAGUCCCCUGUGCGGAAUCUGAUGCUACAGGUGCAAUGUAGCUACAGACUGGCCCAAACUGGUUCAGUUUUUAAAAAAUGUUUUGGCUAUUCAAGCCAAAGUUUUCAAAAGAAGACUAGAGAGUGGCUCAGCCUUGCAGUGUUACAUUUGGUGCAUGUUAAUAGGGUCUUGGUUUAUGAAUGAAGCUCUUAGAACGGGUCAAUUUGGACACCAAAAAUAGAAGUACUCAAAUCACUAGUCCCAUUUGAAGAAUAUUAGGCAUAGAUUUUAAAUAAUGCACCAUAUAUUGUAUCCAUGGAUAAAAAUUAGAUUUAGCUGCUAGUUUCUUUCUCUAGUGUAGUUUCAUUCCAUCCUAUGAACACUGCAGCUAAUCCUGCCUGUUUGGCUUGUAUUUCCUAUAUUUCUGUUUUAGUGGUCCUGAGUGAACCUCUUCACAAAUAUCCAACUUCCCUGCCCCUCAUAAAGGCUACCAGCCAGUAUUCUAUGCAGUUAUAAUCCAAUGGACCCAAAGCAAAAAAAAGAACAAAGGUUGGAUUUUAGCCUGCCCCAGGUCAGCCAAAACAAUGUGACACCGGCUACCUACAACCCCAAGCAAGAGAACAAGAACCGCCUGCCAUCCUUUUCCAAUUUACAGAAGAAGCAGCUCAGCCAGAAUCUAGAGGACAAAAAAGCCUUUAAAAAGGAGAUCAAGGCCUUCUGGGGGGAAAACAAAGAUUUCCAUGAGGAGAUUAAGGCCUUUCAGGAAGGGGACAGAGCCAGAGCCUUAUGGAAGGAGAUCAAGGACUUCCGCAGGAAGAAUCAGUCUUUCAUAGAGGAGAUCAAGGUCUUCUUGGAAGAAGAUAAAGCCAUCUUGGAGCAGAUCAAGGACUUCCAGCUUAAAAACAUGGUUUUCCAGGAGCAGGUCAGUGCCAUUCAAGAGAAAAUUGAAGCCUACCAGGAGAAAAUCAAGGGAGCCGAGGAGGAGAUCAAAGCUUUUGAGGAAAGGAACGAGGCCUGCCGGGAGGCGAUUAGAGCCUUCCAAAGAAAAAACAAGGAGUUCCAGGAAAGAAACAAAGCCAUGCGCGAGAGGAACAAAGCUCUGCAAGGAAAGAAUGAAACUUUCCAAGAGAAGAACAAGGCUUUCUGGAAGGAAUACAAGGCUUUCUGGAAGAAAGACAAGGCCUUCUGGGAGGAGGACAUGGCUAUCUCAAGGGAUAAAAUGAUCCUCUGGGAACAGUACAUGGCUUUCAGAGAGAAUGACCAGGACCUACAAGAGGAAAAAGGAGCACUCUGGGACAUGAUAGAAGUCUUGUGGGAUGAAAAAUAUGCCCUCUGGAAAAAGAUAUGCAGCCCUCCUGGAGAGGCACAACUAGCUGAAGCUGUAGAAAAUGCUGAUGGUGACCAUGGCCCAAAUAUACAUACUAUAACAAAAGGAUCUGAGGGAGUCUAGAGGUCCGCAUUGCU